AACAUAAACCCCGGCAAAACCCCGGCAAAACCCGUCCCAACGGUCAUGAAUGAAGAGACUAUUCCUCCGGAAACAAUCUAUCGGAAUUCUAAUCGCCGACAAGCUUUACCUCCAAUCCCUCAGAGCUUCCGUCUCUUCUCACUCUCCACUCCUUACAGACCAAAUCUACUCUCUCUUCAUCAAAUCCGGCCAUUCUCUCCACCCCUUCCUCUCCACCGCACUCAUCUCCCACUUCUCCAGACUCGGCGACUUCUCGCGUGCUGUACCCUUUCUGUUCGAUACUCCGAAUCCCGACACUGUCACCUUCAAUGCCCUUAUUUCUGGGUUCGCCCGUUUUCGACAGCCCGGGCAUGUUUUUUGGUUGUUUGAUGAAUUGAGGCUUUCGGGUUUGAGACCCGAUGUAUUCACUUCGAGUUCUUUGGUUAAGGGUUCUGAGAGUUUUGAGGAAAAUGGGGUUGCUCAUGGGGUUUGUUUGAGACUCGGGUUUGGAUAUGGGGCAUUUGUGGUUAGUGGGUUGAUAGAGAAUUACGCAAAAAGUGGGGAUUUGGAGUCUGCUGAGAAGUGCUUUGAUGAGUGUUUGGAUGUUGAUCAUGUUGUUUGCACGUCGAUGAUCUGUGGUUAUGUGUGGAAUGAGGAAUUUGUGAAGGCCAAGGAGGUUUUUAUGAAGAUGAGGCACUUGGGCUUGGAAUUAAACGAGUUGAGCUUGACUGGCGUGAUUGGUGCACUGUUUGAUUUAAGAGAAGGGGAACAAAUCCAUGGACUUGGUGUUAAGAUGGGUUUAUUAUGUGGAUGUUCAAUACAUUUGAAUAAUGCGGUUAUGAGUAUGUAUUCUAGAUGUGGAAGUAAAGCGGAUGCCUUGAAGAUGUUCGAUGAAAUUGCUGAGCCAGAUAUUGUCUCCUGGACCGAAAGGAUAGGGGCUGCUUAUGACGUUAUGGUGGCACUGGAAUCAUUUAAUUGUUUGCGCUGUACAGGUUUGGAGGCAAAUGAGUAUACGAUGAUCAAUAGUUUAUCUAAAAUUGAAGGGGAGGAAAUGUUGAAGUCAGGCAAGCAGAUUCAAGCAGUUUGUCACAAGGAAGGGUUAUUGCAAGUGAUAUCUGUUAGUAAUGCCUUGAUAUCUAUGUAUGCUAAAUGUGGGCAAAUGAAGGAUGUGAGAUGUGUUUUUGAGGAUAUGAUUGAUUGGGAUUCUGUCUCUUGGAAUUCAAUAAUUUCUGGAUAUUCAGACCAUGGGUUAGUUUGUGAGACAUUUGAGAUGUUCUCUAAGAUGCGUGAUUUUUCUGCCAUACCUAAUAACUAUACCAUAGCUAGUAUUCUUGAAGCGGUGUCUGACUCAAAUUCUUUAGAGCUGGCAAUGCAAAUACAUUCAUAUAUGAUUAAAUGUGGAUUCAUGUUGGACAAUUCCACAAUGUCUUUGUUGGUAACAUCAUAUGCAAGAUGCAGUGGAAUUGAUGAAUCAAAAAGCGUUUUUUCUGAGAUUAGUAAGAUAAAUUCUGUACCUCUUAAUGCAAUGGCAAGUGCCUUUGUUCAUGCCAGUUGUUAUGCUGAUGCUCUGGAUUUGUUCUGCAGUGCAAGGAAUUCAAAUCUUGAAAUAGAUGCUGCAACUUUCACCAUUGCCCUUAAAGCUUGUGCUGCCAUUAGUGAUGUGGAACAAGCGAGAGCAAUUCAGUCCCUGGCAAUCAAACUUGGGUUUCAUCAGGAUUGCUUUGUUGAGACUGCUGUUAUUGACGUGUACUGUAAGUGUGGGUGUAUGGUUGAUGCGGAGAAAGCUUUCACAUAUGCAUCUAGGAACUUAGCUGCUUGGAAUGCGAUGAUAACAGGAUAUGCUCAACAUGGGUGUUAUAAUGGAGUUUUUGAUCUUUAUAAUAAGAUGACUGAAUAUGAAAUUGAGCCAGAUGAGAUAACUUAUCUUGGGGUUCUUACUUCAUGUUGCCAUGCUGGGCUACUGCAAGAAGCGCAAAAUUAUAUUUACUGUAUGAUUGAUCUUCAUGGUCUAACCCCACAUUUGGAGCAUUAUGCUUGCAUUAUUGAUCUUCUUGGCCGAGCAGGACUCGUGGAAGAUGCAAAGAGGACCAUAGAUCAAAUGCCUAUUCAGCCUGAUGCUCAUUUAUGGCAGAUUCUUCUAUCUGCAUGCAGCAUCUAUGGAAAUGUUGACAUUGGGAGGGUAGCAGCAAGCAAGCUUCUUGAGCUACAGCCUAAUAAUGAAUCUGCUUAUGUUCUUCUUUCAAAUCUUUGUGCAUCUGCGGGUAUGUGGAAUGAUGUUCGGCAACUGAGAAGCGAAAUGAAGGAAAAACAGAUCUGCAAGGAACCUGGGUCUAGUUGGAUUCAAAUAAGAGGAGCUAUGCAUUGCUUUUUUGCACAUGACAGGUCACAUCCUGACAUGAAACACAUAUAUAUGGCGCUAGCAAAAGUAUAUAAAGAAAUGCAAGCUUCACAAGAAAUGGAAAAGGAUGGCACUUUGUGAAUUGUACUGUGGUUGAUGAAGCACUAGAAUUCUUUUAGGUUUGUAUUGCAGCACAGCGUGGGUGCUGCUUUUAGUAGUAGUCACAUGUUUAUUGAGAUUACAGAUUGGAAAAAAUGAAAAUAUUCGAACACA